AUGGAUAAUAAAUUCCAGAAUGAAUUAGAUUUACUACAUGAAAUGUUUCCAGGUGAAUUUGAUAUCACCAAUAACAUAGACCACCAUAUAGUCAAUUUUGUAAUAACACCUGGCAUAGGAUUUAAUAAGACAAUGAAUAAAUUUAUACAAUUCAAUUUAAAAGUGGUAUUCACUUCAAAGUAUCCAGUAGAAUCACCAAUAGUCAGCAUAGAAUGUGUUCAUGGUUUAAAGGAAAAGGAUACAGGGAAAUUGUUGUCUCUUUUAAAAGAAUUAAUUAUGGAAAGAAAAGGUGAUCCAGUACUUUUUGAUCUUGUGGAUUUUUGUCGAGAGUAUAUUGCUUCAAACAUUCCAACUGUUGAAUGUGCAAUAUGCUUACAGCAUUUCCGUAAUGAAAUCGAUGUUUACUGUACUCCAAAUUUUCAUUAUUUUCAUACGCAUUGUAUUGGAGAGUAUAUGGGUCAAAGGCAGGCAGAUUAUGAAGAAGAACGUAGAGAAAUGCUGACAAAAUGCCCAUACAAUGAAUUUCCUCUACUUCAAAUACCAUGUCCUUUAUGUCGUAGUGAAUACUUACCGUUCAAUGAAGAUCUUGUCAAAUUAUCACAUUCGAGGAAACCAUGCUGA